AUGUUAGAAAAAUCCACUCUGCUGUUGUCUCUUCAGAUAAGUCUCCUGGGAGUCACUCUUGGUGGGAAUGUUCUGAUUUGGCCGAUGGAAGGUAGUCAUUGGCUAAAUGUUAAGAUAAUUAUAGAUGAGCUGAUUAACAAACAGCAUAAUGUGACUGUCCUAGUUGCUUCUGGUGCACUUCACAUCAAGCCCACUUCCAACCCAUCUCUGACAUAUGAAAUAUAUAAGGUGCCCUUUGAGAAAGAAAAUGUGGAAGAAACUGAAGCUUUGGCGGCCCUGCUGCUGCAGCUCUGCUGCACUGGCUCUGGAUCCUGUGGGAAGGUCCUGGUGUGGCCCUGUGACAUGAGCCAUUGGCUCAAUCUAAAGAUCAUUCUGGAGAAUCUCGCAGACAGGGGGCAUGAGGUGACCGUGUUGGUUUCUCCAGACUCGCUCAUCAUUGACUACAGUAAGCCUUCCACACUGAACUUUGAGGUGAUCCCUAUAUCUCAGGUCAUGGAGAGAUUAAAAAAUGUAAUGCUUCCCCUUUGCUUUGACUUCUGGCUCGAGCCAUACGAUAUUCAGCUUUGGGACCAGUUUUACAGUGAAGCCUUAGGAAGACCCACUACGUUAUGUGAAACUAUGGGGAAAGCAGAAAUUUGGCUAAUGAGGACAUAUUGGGAUUUUGAAUUUCCUCGUCCAUACUUACCUAAUUUUGAGUUUGUAGGAGGAUUGCAUUGUAAACCUGCCAAACCGUUACCUAAGGAAAUGGAAGAAUUUGUCCAAAGUUCAGGUGAACAUGGAGUUGUAGUGUUCUCUCUGGGGUCAAUGGUCAAAAACCUCACAGAAGAAAAAGCCAAUCUCAUUGCCUCAGCCCUCGCUCAGAUUCCACAGAAGGUCUUAUGGAGGUACAAAGGAAAGAAGCCAGCCACAUUAGGAGCCAAUACUCGGCUCUAUGAUUGGAUACCCCAGAAUGAUCUUCUUGAAACAGUCAUUAAUGAACCUUCCUAUAAAGAGAACGCUAUGAGGUUAUCAAGCAUUCACCACGAUCAACCUGUAAAGCCCUUGGAUCGAGCAGUCUUCUGGAUCGAGUUUGUCAUGCGCCACAAAGGAGCCAAACACCUGCGGCCAGCUGCUCACAACCUCACCUGGGUCCAGUACCACUCUUUGGAUGUCAUUGGGUUCCUGCUGGCCUGUGUGGCAACUGCUAUAUUUUUGGUCACAAAAUGUUGCUUAUUUUCUUGUCAAAAACUUGGUAGAACAGGAAACAAGAACAAGAGGGAAUAA